AGUCGGACCCCCCGGCGAGGAGAGGAGCUGUCAGAGAAGCAGGUGGACCGUCUCUCCCAUCCACUUCCUCUGGCGGACGGAGAAGGACACGCGUUCACGUCGAUGCUAGAAUGAGCCCACAAGUGUGACCAUGACGUCUGUGUGGAAGCGGCUCCAGCGGGUCGGCAAGAGAGCCUCCAAGUUCCAGUUCGCCGCUUCGUUCCAGGAGCUGGUGAUAGAAUGCACUAAUAAAUGGCAACCAGACAAACUGAGAGUGGUGUGGAUCAGGAGGAGUCGACGUCACAGCACAAAGCUCCACAGUUGGCAGCCUGGGAUUCAGAACCCCUACAGAGGCCUGGUGAUUUGGCAGGUUCCAGAGAGUUUAGACGUCACUGUCACACUCUUCAAGGAGCCCACUGCAGAGGAGUUUGAAGACAAAGAUUGGACUUUUGUCAUUGAAAAUGAGACAAAAGGCCGCAGGAAGGUGCUGGCAUCGGUUGACGUCAAUAUGAAGAAGUUUGCCAGUGUCACGCCGGCCCAGUAUGAUGUAACACUGAAGCUCAAACCGCUGUCUGUCAAAGUGUUGGAAUGCACGCUGAAACUCAACCUGUCCUGUAUCUUUCUCAAAGAGGGGAAGGCCACGGAUGAGGACAUGCAGAGUUUGGCCAGUCUAAUGAGUAUGAAACAGAGUGACAUUGGCAACCUGGACGACUUUAUUGACAGCGAUGAUGAGGCUGGAGAGGAGCGAAGGGCCAGCUUUGGCACUGGCGUUGCUGCUCAUGUUUCUGCUUCUGCUCUUUCUACUGCAAGAAUACAUGACCUGGCUUGGAGGCCUGCAAUUGAAUCAGGCCCCACAGAGAUGGAUUGCAAAACUUCUGGCAUUUCCUCCACCAUCUCGGCCCCAUUCCAUCCUCCUCUGCCUGAACCCCCACACCCCUCUGUUCCAUCCUUUUUAUUACAAACCCACACACGACCACCAAGCACUAACCAGCAGGCCCGACCCUCCCCCUAUGCCUACUCAUUACCGGCCUUUACACGUGCUCACCCUCCUGCACUUCCGAAAAUCUUCCAGCCCAGUGUGGGAUCAGUGCCCAUUUCAGCUCCUCGUAGACCCCAUAGCUUCCAUAGUGACUCCUAUCCAGCUGAGGCCUCGGAGGCCCAGUUCUUUUCUAGCUGCACUUCUCCUGAAGCCCUUUUCACCUCUUCUGUCUCUGCUACUCCCUCUGAUCAAUCACCCCACCCCCCUGUUUUCCCUGGUGCUUCACAAACAGCAUGUCCUAGUAUCUGGAGAGCACAGAGCGUUCCUUCUGUUUCUUCUGUCUCCUCCUCAUCAGCUCCUCCCACCUCCUUUCCUAUUAUACCUCCACCACCUCCUGCUCCACUCCCCAAAACUCGCCCCACAUCUGGGGGGGCAGCAGGUUCAGCCCUCACCAGACCCACCAGUCUACCAUCUGCCCCCGAGACAGCUCCCUGGCAGAGUGAGUGGAGGCCUCCUAAAUCUCAGGCUCCUCUAGCACAGAAAAACCUCUCUCCAAAGUUUCUUCACCUCUCUGCUAGUGACCCCAGAGAGCCUGCAGUGCUGCAGAAAAAGCAGAGAAUAGAGAUGCCAUUUUCCUCCCCAUCAGCUUCAUCCUCUCUGCCCAUUGAUCAGUCUUUGGAACAGAAACCACAAGGAGGGUAUGGAUUUGUUCCUUCCUGGAUACCCCAGGCCACCCCUGUUAUAGAGCCCUCACUUCCUCCUCUAAGGUCUUCCUCUGCUCUAAUUCUCUGUGGGCCUCCUCCUCCUCCUCCUCCUCACACAUCCCAAACUGUCUUAGUCUCCCCCAGUGACCAAGAUUCAGAAUUCAAAAGACAUUUGAGCACACUGAGUGAAGAGGACCAGUGCACCACACCUACAACGCCUGAUCCAAGGAUCCCAACCAGCCGAAUGACUGAGAAGUCCAGUGCUUCAGAUCGGAAAAGAGAUCUGCAUUUUGGAGUUGAGGUUGUUAAGACGACAGCUGGACCUAAAAGCUCUGCUUCACUUCUGACCAUUAGCCCCAGAUCACCCAUUGCCCCAGGGCUAAAAUAUUUUGAGAUGCCAAAAACACAGACGGAUCAGACAGAAUCAAGAGUGAAAAGGAUAUACCCCAACAUCCAGGAAACACUUCCUCCCCACUUGUCUGGAACUAAGCAAAACCCUGAUAUUCAUGAUCCAACAUCCACUUCAAUCAAGGAGCCUCUGGUUACAUCAAGGAGUCACCUGUCUAAGAUGCCCAUUCAGUUAGGGAGUCCAAUAACCCAACCUGAGUCUGUUCAGCAUACACACCAUUCUCCUUUAACUCCCCAAUCUAAUUCCAAAUCACUUCAGGGACCUUUGUUGCACUUGCACGAAACUGCUACAACUUCUGACACAAAACCAAUUCUAAGGAUAGGACUGACCCACAAAAAAGAACCUAUAACUAAGGAUUUUGGAAAUGAGAGCAUCACUGCCUCAGUGCCAUCUCUUCUCAGAGACACCAGUUCUACUUUUUCUUCAAUGGAGGUGAACAAAAUUCAAGAAGCUCAGUCUGGAGAACAGUCCAUUACAACACACUCACUGUGGGAGGAGUCACAAAGAGGCACUCUAAAAAACAACCCUACUGUUUCAGUACCUGAUGUAGAUGAGAAAAUCAAAAGCAUCACAGAUGCCUUGGACCAAGUCACUUCAAGAUUGGACCCUCAUGUUGGGUGUCUCUCGGAACAGCAGCCCACAACAAAGGAUUUAUCAAAUCAAACAAAAGAAUCUGUGGCAUUGCCUCCAUCUAGUAACUUUGUUGCCUGUAGUUUGGAUUCAGAUAAUUGUAUGGAGGAAGGGAGAACUGAAAAUGUGUCUCAGUCGAUAAAUACGAGCCCAUUGUGUGAAAGAGAUGGUAGAGUUAAACAGGAGCUUGUGUUACCAAGCUCUACAGUCAGAAUAGAGGAACAAAGUGUGGAACUUAGUUUGUUGGGUACUAGAGGGAGUUCUGUUUCUCAUUUACCAUCAAACAUACUUUCUGAAGUACAGAUUGAAGAAACUGUUAGAAUGCCCAGUAUGCUUAAUUUACUUUCAAGUUGCUCACAAUAUUCCAAGAUUCCUGGCAUGCCAUCUUUAUAUCACUCACAAGUUGUAGCUUGGCCAGAUGAGAGAAGUUUACUUUUUCUGACGUUACCCAGCAAGACAUUGCAAGUACCCCUGUUAAUAGAUUAUUUGAAUUCUAUUUAUGCAGGUAGUGCAGGAAUUGCAAACAUGGUGGACCUAACACCAUCAUGCUCAAAGUCUACAAGUAUUCCUGGAUUCCCAUCUGCUAUGAAACGUGAACCUAAUAUGGCUCGGCUUUUACCUACAUGUCCCAAAGUUUGCAGUGUUCCAGGUUUAGCUUCUGUUGGAUCAGUGCUUGGAUAUGAUAAGAAUGUUUGGGACAGAUGUUCUCUAUGGACAAAAACAUUGCAGAUAAAAGAAGCAUUGGUUUCAAAUCUGUCCUGUGUUCAGGAACAAGAUAUCAGUGAUACUAACAUGAUUAAAGUCAUGGUGGCCAUGUUGCCUACAUGUCCUAGAAAGGCCAGUGUCCCAGGCUUUCCAUCUGAACAAUUGCAGAAGGCUUCCAACACUCCAAAUAUGGUCAAUUGUCUCCCUACAUGCCCCAAACAGACAUUUAUUGCAGGUAUGCCAUUUAGACAAAGACUUAUGACAUAUAAAGACAGCUGGCAUAUUUUGGGAGAAUUAAUAUUAGAUAGACCAUUGAGAAGUCAUCAUGUUCUCAUUGAGGAAAAGUCACAGGAGGAUAAAGAACACAUAACACAUAUGGUAAACAUGUUACCAUCUUGUCCCUGUAAGGAAACCAUUCCUGGAUUUCCCUCUGUGCCACAAAGAAAAGAACCCAGUGUAGCUUGUGUACCACCAAGGCAAGAUCCUAGUAUGGUGGAUGUUUUUCCAACUUGCCCAAGAAAAACCAGAGUCGCUGGUUUUCCCUCUAGGGAGCCAGUUAGUACUCAAGAUGAAGGUUUGGUUAUAACCAGGCAUAUUGUGAUGGCAAAACCACUUUGUAAACGUGAAAUCCUGAUUCAUGAUAUUUCCCCAAGUGCUGCUCAAGAUCUAGACAAAGGAGAAAUUUUCAGUUCAGUGGCAUUGUUGCCUUCAUGUCCAGCAAUAUCCUGCUAUGCAGGUAUGCCCACAGCCCCCCAUAAGCUGUCAAGAAAUAUUGUCAGUCUUGUAUCUAUAUGCCCUAAACUGACCCAAACACCUGGUAUACCAUCUAAAGACCAUAACAGUUCAGAUAACAAAGACUGGCAUGCCUUGAGGAUAUUAAUUAACAAGAGACCAGAGAAGAAUAUACAUGCUUACAUUGUUCAGUGGAUACAGAAAGACACUGAUACCUUUAAAUAUGGUAGAAUGGUUGAUAUGUUAAUGAGUUGCCCCGAAAAUGCCAACGUUUUUGGCUUACCCUCUGCUCCACGGCAAGAACCUAGUAUGAUUAAUGUAAUGCCCUCAUGCCCCAGACAUAGUGCAAUCCCUGGUUUGCCUUCAAAGACUGGACAAACACUUUGUUCCUCUGCCUGCAAGGAAUGGUUGGCUUAUAAAAGUCUACAAUGGAAUAAUCCAUUUGUCAAAAGGGAAGAGCAGAUUCUAAAUGCAGCUUCAUGUUUUGCACUAAUCUUGCAUUCAAAUGAUCCAAAUGUGUUCCAUCAUGAUUGUGACUGUGACAGAUCUAUGGUAUCCAUACUGCCCUCCUGUCCACGGACAGCCUGUUUACCAGGCUUUCCAUCACUACUAUGUCAGACAUUGGCUGAUAUGCCAAGUAUAAUCAAUCUGCUGCCUACUUGUCCAAGACAUACCAGAGUUUGUGGAAUACCAUCUAGAUUUUAUAAUGAGUCUGAUAAAGUAGAAUGGAGUGUUGACAAAAUGCCAGUGUGGAAAAACCCAUUAACAAACCCUAGAAGGGUGUCAGUAAUACAUGACCAAAAGAUGUAUUUGAGAGUGAAGGAAGUGGUUCAAAUAAUGGUAUCCAUGUUGCCAUCAUGUCCCAAACACUCUAAUAUUCCUGGUAUUCCCUCUAAGUUAGGAAAGAGACCAGUGGAACCUUUAAUUAAAGAGGCUCCCAGCAUGUUAAAAUCAUUUGCCACUUUACCAAAACACAGUAAAAUUCCAGGUCAGCCUUCAAAGUAUAGUACAAAAGAAUUUGACUGCUGGUUCGAAGACAGGGAUGCAAUUUUGGAAAACCCAUUUAAUAGAGGGCAUAGGUUUGGUAACCAAGAUUUUAAAGUUAGGGAAAUUACACACUGGGACAAUGAAAUCAUGCUGAGAAUGCUUCCAUCAUGUCCACGACAAGCCCUGAAUCCUGGAUUUCCAUCUGCUUCACAAUCCCAAGCUGUUGAUGCCAGUGUAGAAAAAAAUCUCAAUUCAGUAGAAUUGACAUCAUGUUGCCCGACACUGUCAAGUAUCAUUGGUUUUGCUUCAAGAGCAUCAGUUAUUUCUGAUACUAAAGGGGGCUGGCCCGUCGCGACAGUAAAGACAGAAGGCUGCUGUCAAUUUCACCAAAAGCAUCACUGUCUUUACAAAGAUAGAAUCAAGGCAGUUCUUUCUCCUGAACCUUCUUGUCCACCGCCUGACAUAGACCGGCUUCCAAAUAUGGUGAAUAUUGUCCCCUCUUGCCCAAAGAAAGCGUCUGUUCUCGGUGCACCAUCAACACAUGUGCACCAGUCAGGACAAGGGUGGCUAGUUAAAAAAUCUAUAUUGAUGAGUAAUCAGUUGCCAUUGGAAGAACAAUACCUUAGUAGGUUUAAUGUCAGAGAAAGAUCCAUGCAGUUGAUAUUCCCCUUCCAAGAUGAACAAGAUGUGCAACAAAGGACAGUUGAGUCAUCAACCUAUCCCAUUGAAGCCAUUGUCAGAGAUUUACCAUCAUCAAGUUUUGAAAUUCAAGUGGAUCAGCCAUCCUCAAGAUUUGAUGGGAUUGUGAUGUUGGAUGGUGAGGCAAUUCCAGCCAGAUUAGAUCUUGAUGCAAAAAAACCAAGAUUGGAUGUGUGCUCACCUUUAGAGAUGCAUAAAGAUGAACAGGGCUUUUGGACAGAGGCCAAAGGAGUAGCUGUACUAGAAAAAGGAAACUUGCAUUGCAGAAUGUGGCACUCCCUUCCUGACAUGCCACUAUUGUUGAGUGUUAAAAAGAGACCUCCAAACAUGGUUUCACUACAGCCAUCAUGCCCAGUUGUUGCUGGUGCAGCAGAACCCCAGUCCCAGACCCAAAUAAUUAAUGCUGAGCAGAUGUUAGACAAACAUCCUACAAAUGGGACCAUAUUAUGGGAAGAGCUUCCAAAGGUGACAACAGAGAUAACUAGAAAUGCAUCAGAGGAAGAAAUGGAAACAAUGAGAGAAAUGGUCAGUCACAUCCCAAUGCUCCCUGGUGCUGCCACGAUGUUAAACACUGAUGAUGAACAGAAGACAAAGACAGCAACUGGGAUGACAGAUCUGUUACCAAUAUGCCCAGCAGCUAGUGGCAUAUUUGAAUUUUCUGCUACUGCUGAACAAAUGAAUGAAUGCCCACUGGAAAGCCAGCCUACAAGGAAUAAGCCACCGAAGAAUAAGGAAAUUCUAACAAGUGACUGUGCUCUUCAUUUAAAAGAAGAGGCAGAUUUAGUUGAACAAACUAUGGAUGAAAAAUCUUCCCAUCCUAGUGCACAGUGUAUGCCAUAUUAUGUUAAGACUGAAAUUGAGAACAAACUGUCCUCUUUCAUGAUAACAUGUCCCAGUAUGACAAACAUUGCUGGCAUGCCAUCUAAAUUGCCUGUUAAAGUAAAACAUUCACUUAUCGAACAUAAGCCAAUAUGGGAGAAACAAUCAAAAGUAAAGGAAAUAUUUCCAGGAUGUGCAUUUGUUGAUGGAACGAACAAGAAAGAAAUGGUUUUACUGGUACCUUCUUGUCCCAGAGAGGCUAGAACUCUAGGGUUCCCAUCAUUAUCACACAACAGUUUUCUUUUCCGUGGACUAAGUAUGGUGGAUAUGCAUCCCUGUUGUCCACAUCUAUCAAGUAUACCUGGCAUACCAUCUAUCAGUGGAGCUAAUAACAGAUCAUGGAUUCCUCAACAGAAACCAUUUAUAAGUAAGAAAAUGAAAACUGAGCUUGUUGUCAUGGCAGUUUCACUGAAAGAAAAACAAGAAACAACUAAAGUAUAUCAUGAAUCAGAUAUGAUGAGCCUUUUAAGUUCUUGUCCAAAAACCUCAUGUGUUGAAGGCUUUCCAUCAUUAAUGAAGUAUCAGUUGAACAAAAGCUGCGCUCCAGAUCUCCAACCAUUCGGGGUAACACUGCCAAAAAUCAACAUAGCCAUGAUUGAAGAUAGAACUCACAAUGAAGAAGUGAAGGCCGUGCCAGCUUUAGACCAAACUUUUACAAAAGAGACUGGAGUGCAUGAAUUUCCAUCUGAUCUGGAACCUACAGUAAUCUGCAAAGGGUCUAGUAGCAUCAAUCUCCUUCAGUCUUGUCCAGCUAUCUCCUUUAUAGCUGGUUUUCCAUCAAUACAGAAAGCUGACAGCCAAGAUUGGAACAUUAUUCAUCAGCCAUUAUGGGAGAAGCCAUUUAAAAAGGAUGUGUUAACACUAAAGAACAAUGGAAUACAAAAAGACAUGAGUGGAAUUGUUUCUCUUGCACAAAGUUGCCCAUGUAAAUCCAGCAUUUUUGGUUUUCCCUCUGUCCCAAAACCAAGAAUGAGUUAUGGUAUUGACAUGACAAAUAUGGUCAGUCUUUCCUGCUCUUGGUCAAAAGAGUCGCAAAUACUAGGAUUUCCAUCAUCUCAUAAUUCAAAAGAAUGGAAUAUCAGCAAGGAGCCACUGUUUGAACCAAGAAUGAAAGAAAAGCAGGUGUCACUGACUGACAUAUAUGAAAGAGAUGAGAGAGCAAUUAAAACUAUGAUUUCCCUUGUACCAUCCUGUCCAAAAGCAGCACGGAUACCAGGAUUCCCCUCUAAUCCAAAUCCCUUAAGUGUGUAUUGUGCACCAGAUAUCAUCAGCCUUUCUACACUGUGCCCCCAAGUUUCCAAAAUACCUGGGAUCCCAUCAGUUGUUGUGAAUAUGAGUUUAACAUGGGUAACAGAAAGGGGAUCACUGUUAAAGAGACUACCAAUGAAUGGGGUCUUAUUUGACAAAUCAAACGACAACAAGAAGAUAAUCAAGAAUAUGGUUUCCCUUGUACCAUCUUGCCCUAAAGUGUCAAGAAUUCCUGGUUUUCCCUUUAUCUCAAAUCCCAAAACAGUGUAUUAUGGCCAAAAUAUAGUCAACCUUCUUCCUUUGUGCCCUACAGUUUCUACCAUAUCGGGAUGUCCAUCAGUUGAAGGUCAUGAGGAAAAAGGAUGGGUUACUGAUCUGGGUUCAUUGAUGAACAGACGACAAAAAGAAAUUCUGUUAAGAAUUAACAGCUCACCAACUAAAAUAGACAAACAAAACAUGCUUUCUUUGGUUACAUGUUGCCCAGGAGCAUCAAAGAUUCCAGGCUUCCCAUCCUACCCCCGAUACAAUAUGCUGAGUCUUGUACCUGUUUGUCCCAAAAUAUGCAGUUUCCCAGGAUGUGCAUCCAGUGAAGGGACAUCAAAAUUCCAGUGGCUUUUCGAUCCACACACUUUGUGUGAUUUUCUUACUAAGGAGAGAAUUUUAGUGAUAAAUAGGCCAAAUCAAGAUGGAGAAACUGGGGGAAAAAUGCUGGCCUUAGCACCAUCUUGCCCAGAGGCAUCAAGGAUCCCUGGGUUCCCAUCUGCACCUCAAACCAAAUCCAAGAUUGAACCCAAUAUAAUACGUUUUGUACCUUGCUGCCCAAGUGUUUCGAGUCUCAACGGAUUUGCAUCAAUGACGACAACCACAAGCACAGAAUGGUUACAUGAAGCAAAACCAAUUUUGAAAAAACUUCAGCAGAAGAGGACAGAUGUGACUAUGACACUUGAUGGACAGGACCAGCUAGAUUGCUCCAACAUAAAAAACAUGGUGACAUUAGUGACAUCCUGUCCAAAAGAGGCCAGAGCAUGUGGUUUUCCUUCUGCUCAAGUUGUAAACAGACCACCAAACAUGAUCAGCUUAUACACAUCUACCCCAUGUGUUUCAUGUGUCCCAGGUUUUCCCUCAGCAAGGAUGCUUGGCUCUGAACAUAUCGAAAUACAAACAAGUACGCCACACAGAAAGGCCUUGUUUAAUAAGCAGCAGAAUGAGAAGAUUUUUCUUAUUGUUAAGUUUCCAGCAAAACUUAAACAAGAUGAAAUUAAUUCAAUGGCAGCAAUGGUGCCAUCAUGUCCACAUUUGACUAAAACCCCUGGUUUCCCCAGCAUUUUGCAAUUGAAUCCAACAGAGGAAGAAACCAUGGCUAUUCCAUUGCUUUCUAUUACUGAAAAGCAUACAGCCCCAGAGUUGCCUUAUGGACAGUCAGCUGAGCCAUACCCCAAUGACACAAGAAUCCCUGGUGUUCCCUUUACAUCUGUCAUCCAAAGCACAGAACUUACACAUGUGAAAACAAUCAAAGGUGGUGCGAAGCAAAUCGUAGACCUUUCUUUACAAAAAGGCGUAUCACAAGUAGACAGAAUAGCAGCAGAAGAGACCCAAACAGUGAAGAAAACGUUGGACACAUCAGAGCCAGUAGGAGUCUUGGGUUGGGAAGUGUUGGAGGCAGAGGGAACAAUAACAGAAAAACUGGCAGAAACCUCUAUGUCAGCAAAUGAGGAAGAGACCCCAGGAUUAGUAAAGGCUAUUGUGGGUGUUUUCCAUAAGGGUUACGAAACAGUAGUAUCCAUAUUGGGGCCAUCUAGUUCCACUGUAAUGGAAGUGAAUGACCAACCCAAGGGUAACUCCUUUAUGGAUCUGAAGGACAAGACAGACACCCCUUCAGAUGAGUUUUUUCUCCAUGUGGCAGACAACACAACUCCCUUACAGAAGAUAGAGGGACAGUUCGAAGACAUUGGCAAUGACCAAAACAUUGAAUAUCCAGAAAGUGCUGAACCUUAUAUGUGGAACUUGGUAUGUGAUCAAUCAGCAUCUCCAUCACCAACUAUGGACAGUGAUGACUGGCAUUUAGUUUGUGCAGGCAUGAAGAAAUGGCCACCAUUGACAGAGGCAGAUAUCACUGAAAUAUCAGAAGAUGGUGAGCAAAUAGAUGGACGAGAGGUCUCUGAUGAUCAAUGGCAUAUAGAGGAGAGAUUACUCUCAGGGCAGGACUCUGUUCAAACAUCAGAGCACAUAGAAAGUUUAUUACCAAGGUACGAGACUCCGGUAGAACAGGAUGAGGUUAGGACAGUGUUGUCUUCUUCACAGCUGGAUAAAGGCCCCGAACAAGCAAGCUUGGAGGAAAUUUCUGCUACUUCCCCACAGUGUACAUCAAAUGAGUCACUUACAGGUGCAAAUGAACAUAGAGAGGUACUUAUAGGCAAACCCUUGGAUGAACAAAACAUAAGUCCAGCUGGACCACAAGCUGACAUUGCUGUUCCUCAGCGUGGCAGAAAGCCAAAGCGUGGCGUUCCAGAGCCUCAACAGAGAGGAUCUAAUCAAGAAAAAGACAUUGUUCCGAUACGGCCACUUAGAAGAAAGGAUAGUUUAACACCAGACCGCAAACAAAAGCAUGGUGGCUAUUCUGUCAAUCUCCCCACUGAAGCUAUUCCAAACCAGUCUGUUUGGAAAUAUUCUACUGAUGAUCCCACAAAACCCACCACUGACCUUGCCCCAUCUUGCAGCAUAAACCUUGUACCUCAGAAUUGCCAUGACCCAGAAAGUGUUGGAGCUCAGAUAAUAUCCACAGGUGGAUAUAAACACAAAGAGGAAGCAGAAUCUAUGCCAAUAUCUAUGUAUGUUGCUCCUCCUCGUAUUAAAAGAAGAGAUAGGAGUUUGCCACCUGAACCUCCGCAGAAAACUUCUCCUUGCAAUCCGGUAAGGAUAGAAGACUAUAUCACUAGAGAGAAAUUUGCUGAAAUAACUCAUAACCAACAAGAUAUUAAAGAUCAAGUUAGUCCAGCUUUGGAAACAUCUGAUCCUUCUACUGCUGAGAGAGUUUGUCAGAAAAGCUAUGAUGUCUGUGGAGUAAUUGAGCCUUUACCGGUCAUUGAUAAACCAUGUCAAACUGCCACUGAAAUGACUCCUUCACAACCUGUAGAAAGAAAGGAACAAAACAUUAAACAAGAAUCUCUUGGGAGUGCAUCUGUACAGAAAGAAUUGGUCUGUUCAAAGGACAAAGAACAAAUCUGUUGUGAGCCAGAUUGGCCUAAGAAAAGCAAAAAUACAUCAGUCGAGGUCGUAACGCAUAUAAUUACCUCCUCUGAAACAAAGGGAAUUGACAGCAUCACCCCGAAACCAGAACCAGAGAUAUUUCAGGUUGAGCAAACUGCUUCUCUCUCAAUCAUCAAGAAGAUAUGUCUUCCAAAACGUGGAAAAAAAUGUACUUCAAGCAAAUAUGACAAGGGAAUUUUGGCUCAAAAUGUACCUAUUGUUGCAACCAUGGAAAUUACAAUACCAGUGGAGAUUGAUAACACUGUGAUGGGUGAUAUAGAAAAGAUAAAUACAGUUGGUGAUACAGUCAACAUCACAUCUUCUCAGAAAUCAGAGAAUGCCCCAGAGAUAGCAGAGGCAGAAAGUGACAAACAAACUACCCAACCUAUCCCCAGGCCUCGUUUGAGGAAACGUAUCAGUGGCUCCUUCCCAGAUGACUUUACAGCUACAACAUCUCAGGCAGAGGAGGCACAGGCAGCAAGGCAAGGUGGACCCCUAUCAAUUUCAUCAACAACUAAAGAAGUGGCAACGGUGCAAGACAGCAAAGACCUUCUUCCUCUGGUUCAUCAGCCUUCUUCAUCGAUAGAAGAAGUGAGCGGUGUUUGUCUGAGGAAAACCAGAUUGAACACUGAAAGCAGGAUUCAAGUAGAGGAUGGUAAUGCUUCACAGAAGACCAUGGGAUCAAGCUUGCCUAUACCAAAACCAAGAGUAAAGAAACGUCUCAGUGAUUCCUUCCCAGAUGACAUUACAAUACUUGGCUCACCACCUCCCUGUGACUCAGACACAAUAGCUGAUUUGAUUGGUCAUGAAACAGUCCAACAGAAUGGACAGUCAAGCUUGUCUCUUCCACUGCCUCGGGCCAAGAAACGUCUCAGUGAGACUGAUUUAGACGGCACUCCACCUGUGGAUCUCCCCAUAGGAUCAUCUCAGAGAAACCUAGAGGAUUCAUCUGUCACUCGAGAGGAGACAAAGGAAUGGUCAACAUUGUUGGAUUUAAGUGUGAGCUCUGAAGGAGGCUUUUUCACAAUCCAAGGUGAAAAUAAUGUUGCAUCAGAGGUAGAACAGGAAGUGCUAGCAGCAAUGGAAGAAGAACAUUUUCCUCAGCCAGAAUCUGUAGAGGAUACUGAGGGGACACUGGAUGAAAUCAUUGAAGGCUGGACUUUUACAGAUAAACAUGCAGUUUCAAAUGAUUCAGAGAAUGUUACAGAUGCAGUAUCUGAGCAGGAUGACACUGAAAAAGUCCUGGAAGCAGAGGCAGAGAAGUCCCUUGCUUCCACUGCUGCGUCUUCUCAGGAUGACUGGCUGCAUGUAGAGGAUGGUAAAUACAGUGAACCAAUGGAAAUAACACCAAGGAAGGAAAUGAGAGAUGAAGAGUUGGACUUUGGCUUUGUGUCUGUAGAUGUAGCUGCUGGUUAUUUAGAGGAUGACAGGCAAAGGGAGAGAACAGAACAAGUGGCUGGCCUUCCUCAAACCAGUGAACAGACGACACCUCAAAAAAGACCCGCAGAUGGGGCUGCUUGUUCGGAAAGCCUAAUGGCCAGUCCCACCUUAGUGAUGUCCAGCCAAUCUCUACUGGAAUGGUGUCAAGAGGUCACACAGGGUCACAAAGGCAUGAAGAUCACCAACUUUAGCACCUCUUGGAGAAAUGGUCUGGCAUUUUGUGCCAUAUUACAUCACUUUCAACCAGAAAAGAUCAAUUAUGAAAUGCUUGACCCAUAUGACAUCAAGCACAACAACAAAAAGGCUUUUGAUGGCUUUGCUGAACUUGGAAUUUCCAGGCUGAUGGAGCCGUCAGACAUGGUCAUGCUAGCAGUGCCUGACCGCCUUAUUGUCAUGACUUACCUCAACCAGAUACGCACCCAUUUCACUGGCCAGGAACUCAGUGUGAUUCACAUCGAGAAGGACAGCAGCGAGUCCAGCUAUGCAGUAGCAGGGGACCGGGACAACCAAGAGGACCCAGAAGCAACUGUUCGCUACUGCGCCCAAAGGCUCCAGGAAGAGGGUAUAAGUCUUGAGACAAAUGGGACAGCAGGCACUGCAGAGAAGGACAGUAAAGCCAGUCGGGAUGUGGUUCCACCGCCAAGAACUAAACGGUUGCAGUUUGCUGGGGCAGGUGGGGCUCAGUCUCCCGUAGCACCACCAAGAACAAGUCUUUUGUCCAAGACAGGUUUCUCUCAUGUCAAAGAUGCUGAUCUGGUCAAGAAACGAAGGUCACAGCGGAGGAGUGGGUCUUUGGAUGAAGGAGACAUAUCAGGGGUCAUUGCAGGCCAAGAAGACAGUGUAAUUAGCCAGAAGAAGACUGAAACUGAGAGAACAGACACAGUAGUUGAGGAGGGGAGACCAGAAGGCCAGGACCCCAGUCAGUAUGUUCUGAGUCAGAUGGAAGCCCUCGAAGCAGAACAAAAUCACAUUGAUUCCAGAGCAGGUGUGGUGGAGAGGAAACUCAGACAACUACUGGAAACAGGAAGUGACAAGGUGGAGGAGGAGAGGUUGAUUCAGGAAUGGUUUACACUGGUUAAUAAGAAGAAUGCUUUAAUCAGGAGGCAAGACCAUCUGCAGCUAAUGGUGGAAGAACAAGACUUGGAAAGAAAAUUUGAGCUGUUAAAUGAAGAGCUGAGAGACAUGAUGGCGAUUGAAGAGUGUCAGAAAACUCAGGCCCAUAAACACAGAGAGCAGCUGCUGCUACAGGAGCUGGUGUCACUGGUCAACCAGAGAGACGAACUGGUUCACAAUAUGGAUGCCAAAGAGAGAGGAGCUCUGGAGGAGGACGAGCGUCUGGAACGAGGCCUGGAGCAGCGGAGGAGGAAGUAUGCUAAACAGCAGAAAGAGAAGUGUGUGAUGCAGUGAUUGUAUCUACCUCCAGCCAUUAAACGCUGGGUCACUUCUCUGAAAGACAGUGGGUAAAGACAAACUCAAGAAUGGGACAGAUGUGUUUUCCACCUGCAGGAUUUGCAUGGUUUUAAGGCAGCGGGAAGAGCCACUUAGGCCAAGACCACCAACAUAGCUGAUCCAAGGAUCUGCAUUCAAACAAGAAAACACACUGAACCAGUAGGAGGUGGUGUUGCCUUUCCAAUUGAGGCCCAGGUGGUCCAAAACUAGAGUGAGGCUCUGAGAAAUGUCUCGGCUCUGAAUCAACUCAAGUGUUAUUUUAGAGCGUCUCAGAAUGCAGCACGAAGUUCCAUUUUAUGACGAUGAAGAUCAAGGUGGUUGAUCUGUGGGUAGUGUAACUUCCAUUAACCAAACCCAACAGAAGUUUCAACACCAAGAUUAUACCCACUCAACAAAACAGGCCUUAGUGCCUCAGAGAGCUGCUUGUGCCUUUUGAUGAUUUGCUUUGCGGUGCCUGUGUUGUGUUUUUAGUGCCUGUUACUGAUUGUGAAUGUGAGGUUUGUUUGACUGAAAGUAUCUUAAAGAUGUAUGCUGCCAAAAACAGGAGGGUUUAGGGGUGACCGCUGUGGUUUCUUCAUGCCUCACACCAAUAUUUGCAUGUUUGGACUGGACCUGCUAAUAACCAACAAUGAUUCAUUGUUUUAUGAUGACUGUUACUCAUGACAGGAUGAGAAAGCUUCAGGACUAAAGCCUCUGAUAUGAAUAUAAUGUCUAAAUGGUUUUGCAGCUACUGCUCCUAUCAGUAAUAAUCUACCAGUGCUUUCAGCGUUACAUGAUCAAAAAUGAUUCAUCCAUCAAUUUUCUGAUCUGGGUAAGGUCUGCUUCAGUUGUGGCUUAAACUGCUUUACUGGUGUUGGAGUUAUGUAACGAAAGACUGUGGUUUGUGUUCAAAAAACAACUUAGUUAAGGUUAUGGAAUGGUUGUGGUUCUGGUUAAAACCAAUGUUGUUGUAGGUGUUAACCACAAAUAUUAUUACUUUAUCUUUGUGCCUCUCCCUACAGACUUUUAGUACCUCUCGUGAAUCACAGGCAAAAAUGCAUUCAGAGUAAACCACCCCUGUCUGUCUCUUUACUGGUCCUCUCUGUGUGCCUGCACAAUGUGUAGCUCUCGCAAAGGGGACAGGUUUGCCUUCAAGGAUUUAUGGCAAAAUAAAAAUAGAGAAAAACCAAAAAUAAUAUGUGAACUAAGUAUAGUGAGGUAAAAGACCCAUGUCUGACCCACUUAUCCACCACAACAUGCUCUUAGUCACUCUUUAUGCCAUCCCGCCUGACUUCUCCAACAGAAAGCGUUCUCCCUUUAAAAUACAUUUCUCGGCAAAUGUUUUAAAUAUAAUUUGUGAUUCAACUUGAAGAAAACAUGAAUAAGGAAGAAAUGUUUUCAUUGCUGUCUGUCUGCCUAGCAACCAGGUUUGUUGUUGGAAGGGUUGGGUAUGGGCCAAAAACAAGCACUUCCUGUUAAAAGACAAUAAGUGUGAAAUACGACCUAAUUUCCUGCUUUCACUGAUGGAAAAAACAAAGUAAGACUCUCUCUUUCCACGCCCGGGCUUCUGUGAAGUUCUCUAAGAUAUUGCUGCAUUAAAAAUGACAAUGAAAAGUCAGGUUGCUAAAAUGGAGAGCAGGAAGGCAAAACAAAAGUAGUCUGACUUUAGUUUGAGUCACUAAAAUAUUUUCAUAUUGUAUAAAAGCUUCAGUGAGGACGAAGGUGCCAAUGUGAUGCAAAGACAAGGAAAGCAGGAUCCAGAUCAGUCUGCUGAACAUGCACUAAACAUUUAUUGGCUUCAUUUCAAGUCUUACUGUUAAUCCAAGAGCUCUGGGGAAGCAGCCACAGAUAUAUGUCUGCUUUGCUAGAAUGGAUCUUAACCAAAGCUUCGUUAUCAUCGUGCUUUACCUCCACCACUGCAGAAAACGUUUAUAGGAACAGGAACAUUUGCAUGAGACUUGAACAUAUAGGAUUUUUGUCGCCACAAAUUAGGAAAGAGUUUUCUUCCAGUGAAAAGGGAUUUUUUUUCAUCUCCACCGUUGCAAGUGUUUGCUUGUUGUGAGAAGUUUUUUGUUUCUAUCUAACAUUGCAAGGUCUCCGCCCUUACUUUGUAAAGUGCCUUGAGAUAAUGCACGUGUGUUGUGAUAUUCCUGUUUGAGUACUGGCAAUAUUGUGGAAGAUGUGAAUGUUGGUGUAUGGUAAAAACCCAAAUUAGCAUCUGAUAAAAGGGAACUGGUGUUUCCAGCUCUUCAAUGAAUUAAUAAAUAAAGGACAGUUCCUUGUCUUUGCACAGAAAAAAACAAGGAAGUGUGACAGACACGGAGGUUUUUGGACAUGAAAGGUUUUGUGUGUAAAAGUUUGCAGUUCUCAUUUUGUUAUACUGCUGAUUGUAUUAGCUUUGACCACCACUAUUGUGAAGUAGUUAGUUUGUCAAAAGGAUUGCUGUUGGAGAUUGUGGUUCAAUGUUAUAUUUACACUGUUUGUAAACCUUGACAAAUACAAACUUUUUGG